AUGGAAAAAUAUAAUAAAAGAAUCUCACAAGCAAUUUUAUGUACAAAAGCAUUUAUUCCUAAUACAUUCUACAAAAGCACAAUAAUUACUGCAUUCUACAAGUACUUCACAGCCACAAUAAAUGAGUAUCACGGGCUACAAGUCCGUCAACUUCGCCGGUUGGGGCCCCACAGCCAGCCCAUCAGAAUCAAAACCACUCCACUUCUGAGGAACCCUAGGCGAUCAUCUCUCUACUAUGUCAAUCUCCUCGCCAUCAGAGUCGGGAGAAAGGUCCUCGACAUUCCCCCAUCCGCCUUCGCCUUCGACCCCAACACCGGCGCCGGCACCGUUUUCGAUUCAGGGACGGUGUUCACGAUCCUGGUGAAGCCGGCGUACGUGGCGGUGAGGGACGAGGUGCGGCGGAGGAUGCGAGGCGCGACGGUUACGUCGCUGGGAGGGUUCGACACGUGCUACAGCGGGGCGAUCAGCCUGCCGACGAUGACGUUCAUGUUCUCGGGGAUGAACGUGACGCUGCCGCAGGAGAACUUCGUGAUCCGGAGCAGCGCGGGGAGCACGGCGUGCCUGGCGAUGGCGGUGAACUCGGCGCUGAACGUGAUAGCGAGCUUCCAGCAGCAGAACCACCGGAUCCUGAUCGACGGGGCCAAGUCGAGGCUCGGGGUGGCGCGUGUAGCUAGAUUUGUUUUUUAUGCGGCGUCGGUGCCGACAGUGAAAUUUCGGCGUUCACGGGUUUGGACUUUGGGUUAG